UGCAAAAGACCGAUUAUGAUAUCAUUUGUAACCACUCACUGCUUCCCAAAGAAUAUUAUCCAUCUUGGACCAAUGAGUUUUCAUGAUUUUAAAACUCAUUUACCAAAAAUUUGUUGUACUAACAACAAAAUAGUUCAAUUGGACAGCUGACUGCAAUGAAAAGGUUGAAAACAAAACUUGUACACUCUGAAUUAUAAUACUCCAAACAUGUACUUAAAUCAAAUUUAAUAUUUGAGCAGCUUAAACUUGAUCAUGACAGUAAGGACCCAAGCAACAAAAUUACAAAUUUGAAAAUACGAAUUGGAAAAGCUGAACUUUCAACUGCAAAAUUCAACUUACAGAGGCACUUGGUGGCCAAGUAAUGAAGUACACAAAGUCUUAACCAAUGAGGCCAUACACAAUAACUUGUUCUUAACGAAAUGGAGAACUUUCCAACCCCAUGUCUAUAAAUUCACAAUCCAAGGCUUUUAAUAGAGAAAAAACAUAAGUUUGAUUUCAACUUUAUAAACUUCACAAUGGGAGAAGUGAAAGUGCUUGGAGCUUCUCUAAGCUUUUUCUGUUGCAGGGUAGAAUGGGCACUGAAGCUCAAGGGUGUAGCAUAUGAGUACCUGGAAGAAGACUUGAGAAACAAGAGCCCCAUGCUUCUCCAGUCUAACCCUGUUCACAAGAAGGUCCCGGUGCUUGUGCACGAUGGUAGACCGAUUGCCGAGUCCCUUGUCAUCCUUGAGUACAUAGAUGAGGCAUGGAAAGGCUACCCUCUAUUGCCCGAGGAUCCUUCUGAAAGAGCCAAAAUCCGAUUCUGGGCAAGAUUCACUGAUGAGAAGUGUGUGCUCGGUGCCUGGGCUGCUUGCUGUGCCAAAGGACAUGAACGAGAGAAAGCUAUAGAGUCUGCACAAGAAUCGCUGAGUUUUCUAGAAAAGCAGAUUGAAGGGAAGAAAUUUUUUGGGGGAGAGACGAUGGGCUUGCUGGAUCUGGUGGUGGGUUCACUGCCUAACUGGAUCGAAUUCUUGGAAGAACAUGGAGGCAUGAAGCUGCUGGAUGAAGAGAAGUUUCCAUCCCUUUAUGAAUGGGCUCAGAAAUUUAUCAACAUUCCAAUCAUCAGUGAAAGAAUACCAACAAAGGAAGAGCUGAUAAACUACUUUCAGGGAGGGCAAAACAGCAGACUUACUACUGGAAAAUGAUCAGUGAUUCUACUGGUUCUGAGUUUGACCUAAGUUUAUAUUACAGGAAUAAAUGGAGGGUAGGUGUUUAUCUGUAUCUGUCUUUCAAGGAAUAAAAUCCAAAACAAUCACAGCCUCUGGGAAAAUAAAUAAA